GGGCGCCAGACCAUCUUCGUCGUCGGCCUCGGCAUGGUCGGCAUGGCCUUCAUUGAGAAGAUGCUCGACCUCGACAAGGACCAGGGCCGCUACUUCAUUCGUACCUGCCACCGCAACGUGUCGGACCUGUUUCUUCAAGGCCCCUCGUGGUACCAGGCCCAGCUCCCCGACCGCUUCGCCUUCAGCACGGGCGAGCGCGUGACCGAGAUCGACACGGCCCACAAGAACGUCUACACGUCCAAGGGCAACGUCUACCAGUACGACCUUCUCGUCAUGGCGACGGGCUCGAGCGGCGCCCUGCCGCCCUACGUCUCGCCGCAGCAGGCAGCGCAGACGAAGGGCGUCUUCGUGUAUCGCAGCAUCGCCGACCUCGUCGCCAUCAUGGACUACGCCGACCGCUCAGAAGUGACCCGAGCGUCGGUCGUCGGCGGCGGGCUUCUCGGACUCGAAGCCGCCAAAGCCGCCUACGACCUGCCGACCUUGCCCGACGUCAACAUCCUCAUCCGCCAGGCCUACCCGCUCAACCGCCAACUCGACGCCGCCGCCGGCGAGCUCGUCCUGCACAAGAUCGAGGACAUGGGCGUCAAGGUCUUUACCGGCUGCGAGCCCAAGGCGAUCAUGACGAGCGAGCGAGACGGCGAGCAGGUCUUUGUCGGGUUCGAGCUGGCGGACGGCGAGAAGAUCGAGAGCGACCUGGUCAUCUACGGUAUCGGGAUCUCGCCGCGAGACGAGCUCGCUGCGGCAGCAGGCAUCAAGGUCGCGCCCCGAGGCGGCAUCGACGUCGGCGACGACCUCAUGACGAGCGCGCAAGACGUUUUUGCGAUCGGCGAGUGCGCGUCGUGGCGAGGAAACACGUACGGCCUGAUUGGCCCCGGCGUCGAGAUGGCGUCCAUCCUCGCGUUCAACCUCACCCAGACGGCCGGCCACGCGCCCCGCACGAUGAACUCGCCCGACUUGUCGACCAAGCUCAAGCUCAUGGGCGUCGACGUCGCGUCCUUCGGCGACUACUUUGCGCACGAGCGCAUGCUCCAGGAGGCCGAGCGCGUCGAGCGCGAGAAGGGUGUCGCCAUCCACCGCAAGCGUCCUCGCGACACGCGCGCCGACCCGCUCAAGAGCCUCACGUACCGCGACCCGAUCUCGGCGACGUACCGCAACUUUGUCUUUACGAGCGACGGUGCGCACCUCGUCGGCGGCAUCAUGAUCGGCGAUACCGGCGCGUUCACCAAGCUCGUCUCGAUCGUCAAGAAGAAGAAGAAGCUCGACGUUCCGCCGUCCGAGUUUAUCCUCGGCGCCAAGAAGGGCGACGACGACGACGGCGCCGACCUCGACGACGACACGGUCGUCUGCUCGUGUCACGCGACGACCAAGGGCGCCAUCAGCGCGUGCGUCAAGUCGGGCGUCGUCGACUUUGCCCAGGUCAAGUGCCAGACCAAGGCCGGCACGGGCUGCGGCGGCUGCGUGCCACUCGUGACCAACAUCUUCAAGAGCGAGAUGAAGAAGGCCGGCAACACGGUCAGCAACAACAUCUGCAUCCACAUCCCGAUGUCGCGCGCCGACCUGUUCAAGGUCGUCAAGGUCAAGCGCCUGCGCGACUUUCGCUCGAUCAUGCAGGCCGCCGCCGUCGAGCCGAGCGCCGCCGGGUGCGAGCUCUGCAAGCCCGCCAUCGCCUCGAUCCUCGCGUCCCUGUACAACGAGAUGGUCAUGAAGCCUCGUCAUCACGGCCUGCAGGACACGAACGACCGCUUCCUCGCCAACAUCCAGCGCAACGGCACCUUCUCGGUCGUGCCCCGCAUCGCCGGUGGCGAGGUCACGCCCGAGGGCCUCAUCGUCAUCGGCCAGGUCGCGUCCAAGUACGGCCUGUACACCAAGAUCACUGGUGGGCAGCGCAUCGACAUGUUCGGCGCGCAGAAGGCGGACCUGCCGGCGAUUUGGGAGGAGCUCAUCAACGCCGGCUUCGAGUCGGGGCACGCGUACGGCAAGUCGCUGCGCACCGUCAAGUCGUGCGUAGGCUCGACCUGGUGUCGCUACGGCGUCGGCGACUCGGUCGGGCUCGCGAUCGACCUCGAGAACCGGUACCGCGGCGUGCGCUCGCCGCACAAGUUCAAGGGCGGCGUGUCGGGCUGCGUGCGCGAGUGCGCCGAGGCUCAGUCCAAGGAUUUUGGGCUCAUCGCGACCGACAAAGGCUGGAACCUGUACAUCGGCGGCAACGGCGGCGUCAACCCCCGACACGCCGUCCUGUUCGCCAAGGACGUCCCGCCGACGAAAGUCGUCCGGCUCGUCGACCGCUUCCUCAUGCUCUACAUCCGCACCGCCGACAAGCUGCAAAGGACGGCGCCCUGGGUCGAGAGCUUCGAGGGCGGCGUCGACAAGUUGCGCAAGAUCAUCAUCGACGACGAGCUCGGCAUCUGCGCCGACCUCGAGGCCGAGAUGGACAACCUCAUCGGCACGUACCAGGACGAGUGGGCGGUGGCCAUCCAGGACCCGGAGCUGCGCAAGUCGUUCAAGCAGUUCGCCAAUACGGACGAGCGCCGCAUCGGCUCGGAGCUCAUCGUCGAGCGCGGUCAAGAGCGCCCCGCCGAUUGGCCCAAGUCCUUCCCCGGGCAGCGGUUCGUCGACAGCGACAUCCGCACGCCGCGCUCGCAGUGGCAGUACGUCGCGCUCGCCACCGUCGACGACCUGUCGCCGAACGACGACAACACGACCAGCUGCGCCGUGCGGUACGGCGAGGACACGCAGCUCGCCAUCUUCCACGUCCCUCGCAAGGGCUAUUUCUCGACCCAGCAGAUGUGCCCUCACAAGCGCGCCUUCAUCCUCGAGCACGGCAUCAUCGGCGACGACGCCAACGGCCACCUCUACGUCUCGUGCCCGCUCCACAAGCGCAACUUCCGCCUCGACAACGGCGACUGCCUCAACGACGACGAGUACAAGAUUCUCGCCUUUGACGUCAAGGAGGAGAACGGUACCUUGCUCGUGCAGCUGCCGCCGCCCGACCAGCUCGACGCCCUCAUCGGAUCGUCUAAGUGGAUGGUGCGCAAGGCGACCGCCGAGGCGUUCGGGCGCAACCAGGCGACCAAGAUCGAGAUCAUCGGCCCGACGGGCGAGGUCGACGAGGACAAGAAAGCGGCUGGGACCGAGUGCGGCGAGGCGGACAAGGCGUGCGGCGAGCACAAGCUCGAGUGGUGAGCGAGGGCUGCCGACGGUCGUCUGUGCUUCUCCCGACUGGUUCUCGGUUCAUCAGUACCAUGCUUGUAGACUUCUAGACGUGCACCUCCUUGUCGU